ACAUUUCGACUGAGUGUACUGUAUCCAAAACAGGGCGAUUGCAAACUAGAAGCAGUACUACGGGACGUGAAGGAUCUGUUAUGUACGUAGGUAAACGCUGCUAAACUCAGCUGAGCUGAAAGUGGUCUGCAGAAUGCUGCUUCUGAGCCAGAUUUUCCUCUGUCUGCUGUCAACUUAGCUGGUGUGGUGCGACUAGGUGAAGCCGUUAUGACUGCUGACAGUUAAUGAUGGUUUUGCCUUCUUUGAUUUCUACAGCCCGGCUGCAUAAACUGACCUGCAUGUGAACUCGAUCGGACAUCAAUAACGGUGAAUAGGUUUUAAAGAUGCUCUCCAGUGGUGUGUUGCAGGUAUUACUUAUUGCGGGUGUUUUAAUUCAACAAGGUGCUUCGCUCGCUUUUGCACAAACAAAUUUCGCACUUUAUCAAGAAGCGAUUGUUUCGGCAAACGAUACUUGUGGUUUGCAAGGAAAUGAUGAAUUCUGUUUAGCUGUUGAUCGUUUCCAUCGUUGUCAGAAGUUUGAUUAUUGUGAAGCCGAUUGUCCAUUCGGGAGAAAUGAACCAGUUAGCCUGGAUAUUGUUGCUACGGGAAUGUUUCACGGCCAAGUAAUGUUUACAAAUCAUACAAGUGGAGCUUGCCAGGGACAAGAAUUGACAACUGUUCAGUUCAAUGGCACCAAUGGUUUUAUUUCCAAGUCAACAGAGUUUUUGCUGAUAUUUGGGGAAUCUGAAGGAAUGACACUAACCAUCCAUCUGAGCCAAUACCCAGGGGACCAAGGCAAAAUCAUAAGCAAAGAGGACAACAGUAGUAUACUAUUUGCAGUGUCGGCAGACAGCAAAACUGACCAUGAGAUAGUUCUAGAAUAUAUGAAUGCAAGUGGUUUAAGUAGCAGUUUGCACUUCAACAACAGUCUAGCAGAUGGAAAAUGUCAUCACAUUGCAGUGGUACUCUUUGGUUCUGUUAUACAACUGUACAUGGAUAAAAGGCUUGUUGCUGAAGAGAUCACUUAUAAAAAUAUUUGGAACAGAAGUGGAAUUAUCCUCUUAGGGGGGAGAGCAAAUGCUUCACAAGAUGAUUACUUUAAAGGAGAGCUUGGUUCUCAUCUUCAUAUGGGACCACUCCUUCCUUUAGAAAUCAAGACAGAUGCUUCACAGCAAACCCCACAGAAGCCCCGCCUAGCAGGACAUUGUAGAUGUAAUGUGGACUACCCAAUGGUGUCUUUGGACCCAGAUGGUCUUUAUUGUGUCAAUCCGAAAAGCAACAUUACAGUGAGGCGUGUAAGUAACCAGGCACACUUGGAAGGCAUGGGUAAUGAUGGAAACCUUAGUACAUGGUGGCAGUCCAAGAGAACAAGAGUUCCACUUAAUUUUACAGUCAGCCUUGGUGGUGUGAAACAAGUCUUAGUUGUGAAAAUAUCAUUCAAAUGGUGGCCACCAAGGGAUAUGGUUCUUUCUAAAUCUGCCGACUAUGGGGAAACAUGGGUACCACUGCAAUACUUUUCCCAAGACUGUCAAUCAACUUUUAAUAUGGAAGCUGGAGGGAGACUGGACUCUCCUGACAGUGCUAAUUGUGUCGAAAGAUUUUCACACCCAGUCCCCGACGAGAUUGUAACGUUUUAUUUACUUCAGUCUUCAAGGCCAGCAUCAAAUAGUUUUGAAACAAAUCUAACUCUUCAGGUUUUUUCAUUUGCCACUCAUGUUAGAUUGACAAUGAUGUCAUUUUUGGGAAAUUCAGCAGAAAAAACAGAUUAUUUUGCAGUUUCUGAACUUGAAGUCUUUGGAAGAAAUUGCUCUUGUCCUUUGCCGGUGAAAAGUUCCUGUGUUUGUGAUGGCGCCAUUACCAGACCGCCAAACUGCAGUGAAACUCUGAUAUUUGACAACCACUACUACAUGAGGAGUAUCUUUGAUCAAACGCCACUUGGGGUACCAAUACUGCAAGUUCACGCCAGAAGUCCAUGCUCGGGUUAUCUUCCAUUAUCCUACUUCAUAAUAGAGAGAAAUGACUCGCGGUUCUUUCAAAUUGAAAACACAACAGGAGUUUUUAAACUUCAAACUUAUGUUGCCUUGGACAGUACAUUCCGCUUUCUUGUUGGAGCCCAACUUCAAGGCGGCGCAAAACAUCAAGUCAACAGUUCGAAAACAAUUGUAUUAAUCAAGGUUAUAACUCGCACCACCUUAGACUCGCGGACUGUAGUGAAUUUUGAAACACAGAAAUUAGGUUAUCUUCAAGGGAGGACGUCAAAUCGCGCGCUGCAGCUUGGUUUCUUCUUAAAUGGUUAUCCAGGAAGUAAAGGAAGUGUUCGCGCUUUUGUUGGAAAAGUGAGUGCAGAAGCAAAUUAUUCGACAACGCGAGAACCAGCGACUCAUGUAAAGGCUAUACUGGUCAGCGCGAAUGUGUAUUGGGACAGGCCUGUGGUGCGUGUUAUUGCGCAGGUGCAGGACUCCUCAUUUAAUGUUCGCACAUUGGUGGAUAAAAGUGAAGUUGUUGUCAAAGUUGAGCCCAGUGCUAAGCUGUUAGCCAUCAAUGGAAGCCUCUUACAAUCGAUCGCAAAGCCAAGUGGAUCUACGGGAAUUACCGAGAUACAAGUUCCCUUACCUUCGAAAUGGUUCUCAGACCCCUCUCUUGUUGAUCCUGAAGUUCUUACCAUCACGUACCGUCUGCGUAACUCUUUUGAGUCUCCCACGUUUCUAGGUAACGUCACAGUUCAUCCAGGAAGCAAAACGCAGUUGUUUUCAAAUGACGUAUACGGUAUACUUCCUUUUGACACGGUGUUAGUAGGCGGGGUAUUCAGCUUUUCAAUUUACUGUGACUCAUCCUAUGCUGUAGCCUCGUUUGGAGUAAGGAUAGUGACUGGUCCGUCACUUGUCAUCACUGGAGCACAAGUUGAUAGUCAGCGCUGGGCCCAUGUUACUGUCAAUCGCAGCUCUUUUGAAUGGUUUGUGAGUGCCACACUAACUGAUCCUGAGGCAGCUCCUCAGGGAUUCGUCAAAAAAGCGAAACUUGUCAGCUUUGAUGUCAAGGUACAGGACACAGCUGUUGUUAAUACAAGCGCAACAGUUACUGCCGAGCUGACUUACCUCAGUAAUAUCAACAACGAGGAAGUUCAGAUCGGUGGCCAACUACAUCCAGUCAUGGUGGCCAUGCUCGAUGGUUUCAACCAAUCUCGACACACGACAGGGAUGAUACGACUUUCUGCUAAUAGUGUCAAGGAACUAAGAGCAUACUCUGAGUCCGCUGAUUUAGUAAACACAGCUGUCAUCGAUGGACGGAUCGUGACAGCGAAUAUCACAAUUUUGGCUAUUCAAAGAUCGGGUGAUGUCAUCCUGCUUCCAGAAGCAAAUUGCACGAGUUUAUCAGAAGCUGUGCAAGUAACUAAGAACUGUUCAAACUUGUUUCUUAACGGUAGCGAGCCCAGAGGAUCAGCAGAAGCACAAGUUAAAGUCCAAUUUGGUCAAAUAAACACCAUCAUAUCAGUUCGUGUAUGGUUCCCUGUUCUGCCACUGAAGCUGACUUUGCCUCACACGGAGCUCGCAGAAGUCUCUGGUUGGUUGGAAUUCAAUGCAAAUAGCGGUAAAUGUGAUCAGCGAUAUCAAUGGACUGGAGUCGAGUCUGAAGCCCAGUUCACUUACGAUAAAGUCCACUUUGAAAACAUAUCGACGACAAGUUUAGUUCGUGAUCUUCUCAAAAGUCUGAAUGAGUCUGUAGCGACUGUGGACAACUUCGGAAACGUGUACGGAAUGUCCCCCGGUCAAACUGUCAUCAGAGCCGUAAAUCCGCUGACCAGUAAUUUCCUAGCUAGUACUGAAAUCAAGGUGACCUCAUCAAGGCGAGUCGCUGUUCAACUGAUCGACAUUGUCAUGGUAACCAAUCUAAGUGUCAUCAUUCCUGACCCGCCUUAUCCGAGAUUGUCAACACAAACGGCGGAGGCAUUUGUUCACCAAGAUCUGCGUCGUGAUUACACAAGUGGUGCGCUCGUCGCUUGCGUCACUUUUAACGAUGGUAGACGACAAAAACUGAACUCUGCACUCGGCCUUCAGUUCAAGUCACUUCAAAUCCACGUACUCAGAAUCACUGGCCAAUCAGAAGCAGUGUCUGUCGGAUCUGGGUCUGGAAUUCUUCAAGCUGAUUGGUUCUUGCCUCCCAGCCGUUGUUAUCCAAAUGGAUUUAGCCUUGGAGUGGGCUAUGAAGUGACCAAUGUAAGUUUGUCACCUCCAGUGAGACUUGAAGUAAACGGCGUCAGUCCACAGAUCACUUUCCCCGGAGACAAGUCCACUGUAGCAGGGAUACCAACAUCAAGUCCCAUAUCAGUGACCUUGGUGUUUGAGAACGAUUAUCGAGUGGACAUGAGCUCUGACUCGAGGACUGUGUAUGACUUGAGCAAGUCUGAAGGUUUUUUCAGUGUACAGCGUGGUCAUAACAACACUCCUAUCAUUACACCAAACUCACGAGGCAAGUCCGGCAAAAAGGAUCUCGUAGUACGUUUUACUCAUUUCUCAGUCACGAGUUCUGUUUCAAUCAACAUCGUGACCUACACAGCUCUGGUAUUACUUGCCAAGCCCUACCCACCCUAUCCUGGAGCUCCUCACAUCGAUUCGCUCAGCCGUAUCGCUAAUACAAACGCGCACGAAAUGGCGUCACUGAGCCUAGUAAUGGUUUUGAGUGAUUCUUCAAACUAUGACAUCACAGGACACGAAGUGACGUCAUUUUCAUCCAGAUCUUCAGACGUGAUUGUCGGACAAAAGGCUGCAAACCGCGUAACAGUCAAGUCUGGUGCAACGCCAAGCUUUGCUGUUCUCGAUGGAAACUUUGGUAAUGUGGACACUACAAAUCUCGGCAUAUUUAUUAAGAGCUCUUCAGUGACUGUGACAAACAUUACUAACUUUGUGUUACUCCCUGAUAACAACCAAACUUUGUCAGGAGUGGAGAAUUCCCUUGUGGCACAAGUGCAACUGUCAUUGACAUUUGACAAUGGAAGACUCGUCCCGCAGUUUUAUGACGGGGGCGUUGCUUUAUUCUCAGGGUUAAUAUCUCUGACAAGUGAAAAUGAUAAUAUUUUCACUGUAGACUCUUUAACAGGUCAAAUUACUCUUAGACGUAACUAUCAUCGAACACUCUCUCUGACUGCAACUGCCGCAGUUUCUCUGAUUACAUCCAGCUUGACGAUGGCUUGUAAUCUUUUGCCGGCCGUUGGUGACGUCGAUCUUGGUGAAGAAAGCGGAUUGCCGUUACCCCCAAGAUAUGUCGGAUCAUCGGUUCAAUUUCAAGUUCGUUUGAACGCUGGGGAAAGGCGUGGCGUCCAGAAGAUCGAUCUAACUCUCACUUAUGACUACUCAAAGCUUGCUGUGAUGUAUGUAAGAAAAGGAAGUGUAUGGAAUACCUGUGUAUCUGACUUGGACACCUUGGGACAAAUUUCCUUGGACUGUUUGAGUAACUCGCCCUUGAAUGGCAUUGUCAGGGUAGCGGACAUUACUUUCAAUGCCACCAGCUCGGGUUUGGCUUCAAUUCUAGGCUCUGUAAUCACGGAUACCUAUGGCUUGUCUUCACUUGUAGCUGGAACCGUCGAUCAGGAAGUUAUGGGAACCGGAAAAAGAAGACGACGUAGUGUUCAUGAUCAGGAGAGGCAAGACCUGCUUGAUUUUCGUAAAGAGCGCUUGCGUAGAGCUGUUCCGUGUGCUGCUCCGACUUGCCAAUGCGACAAGCUACUCCUCCCUGGUGAUGUCAACAGAGAUUGUCUGUUUGACCUCGGAGAUGUCAUCUUUGUUCUCAGAUAUUAUUCUUUCUCCAUCUUUAAUUUCUCAGACGCAACAGGGAUUAUAUUCCGCCAAUCACUGUCCUCCAAUCAAACCCGUGAUAUUGAUGUUGACAGGAACAGUGCCGUGAACCCGGCCGACGCGUUUUAUCUUGUAAGAGCCUUUCUUGGUUUAGUUCGCUUUGUUUCCUCAGUAAGUGUAAUACCUGUUCAGGUUCUUAGCUCUGAUUGUCAGCUGUCACUCAGUGUCACUCUAACAUCAAAGAAUGGCCCCGCCUCAGAUGCCAACACAGUUGUUUUCUUCGACAUCACUUACAGAGGAAAUGCUGUCAAUUUCGCUGGGACUCGAGGAACUCAAAGAGGUGUAGGUAUCCAUGGAAAUCUCAUCCGGGGAGUUAGCAGAGGAAAUGGAAGUUUUGGCGUCCAGGCUGCCUUUGAACUCGUUCAAAACAGUAUUGGUUUUAGUGUUUUCCACGUAACCAUUGACAACAGUAACCAAACAAGUUUAACGCGAACGGCCGUCUUGCUUGGUAAUCCACACCCGCCAUAUUUGUUUCUUUUUAGAUUGUCUGUAGACCUACCGGUUGGCAGUCAAACUAUCAGCGUUAACACGAACAACAACUUCAAUCCUUUUGUCGUAUUCGAUAAUACAUUGACCUCGGCGGAUUGCACGAACAACUUCGCGCCACAAUUUGAAACGAUCUUCUACCACGCCAAUGUCUCGGAAAAUGCAACUGUGAAUGCCUCGUUUAUUACCGUCAAUGCCACAGAUCUUGAUCAAGGGAAAAGUGGCAGAGUCUUCUACAGCCUUGUCAGCGCUGAAGCGCUUCCUUUUAUGAUAAACUCAACCUCAGGUGUCCUUCGCGUUGCGUGUUGUCUGAACAGAGAAGAGAAAGCCUGGUACAAUCUGACAGUUAGAGCUACAGAUGGAGGGGGUGUGGGUCGGGAAAAAUUUGCCGAUGCGUUUGUGGUCGUUUUUAUCAUUGACGUGAAUGACAACGCUCCGGUUGUCAAUCAAAUUGUACCGAGUCGUGUGAUCAAGAUCUCUGAGAAUGCUGUUUUAGGUGUUUCGCUGGCCAGAGUCGUUGGAUCUGAUGAAGACAUUGGGGAAAACGCUCGAAUAAGUUACAGUUUUAUUGAGAACUCUUCUUCAAAUCAAACCUUUCUCAUUAAUGCAACAACGGGUGUAAUAACGUUAAAGAGUUCCUUGCAAGGAAAAGUUGGUCAUAUCUUAAAGAUUUUAGUGCUCAUUUCAGAUCAUGGUAAUCCAGUGUUGACUACAAACACAACAGUGGAAUUUCGUGUCACUUACGCUUCUGAUGUGGAAAUAUUUUUUGUUUCCCAAUUAUAUGCGGUAAACUUGACAGAAAACAGCGCGAUGAAUUCGAGCGUUCUCGAAGUUAAGGCUUAUGUUCCCGGACUUCCCGGUGCUGAUAUUUUUUAUUUACUGAGCAGGAACGUCGCAUUUAAAAUCGAUUCAUUAAAUGGUACGAUAUUGGUGAAUUCCACAAUUGAUAGGGAAACUAAUGAGGUUUUUUCACUGACUGUGACUGCGAAAUAUGGACACAAUAUCAGUACCAAUGCCACGGUAAAUAUCACUAUUUUAGAUGAAAACGACAAUCCUCCCGUAACAGAUCCUGUCCCACUUCAGGUCAUUCCUUACAAUUUGCCAGUGGGUAACGAAAUAUGUCGGGUCAAUGCAUCGGACAGAGACAGAGGAUAUAAUGCUGUUCUUAAAUUCAGUCUUCUUGGAGACAACUUAAGUCUCUUCCUCAUCGACGGAGAAAAUGGCGUGAUCUUCUUAAACUCUGCAUUGACUGAUCUCAAGGACAGUUUCAUGCAACUGUUCGUUGAAAUUUCAGAUUCCGGCGAACCUUCACUUACAAGUAACUUGACAGUCAACAUUUCAAUCAUGUUUCCACCUCUGUUUUCUGAUAAUGUCGUCAGCAUUAAUGUGUCUGAAGAUAUUUCAAUAGGCGAGCAAGUGUACACAUUUGUCCCAAUCAACAUUACUGGGCAAGACUUCAGUACAUAUUUUAUUAUUGGAGAUGGAAAUUAUGGACAAAAAUUCUCCAUUAGUAAUGUCAGCGGAGAGAUAGUUGUUCAAGACUAUUUGGACAGGGAAGAAAUAUCUUUGUAUGGUUUAGCCAUUUAUGCCUCAAACCGAGCGGUCGAAUACUUCGCGGAAAUAAAAACAACAAAUCUGCUACUCAAUGUCACCGUUCUUGACAUAAAUGACAAUGCGCCUUACUUAGAAUCGAUUCAGCCCAUUGCAAUAAGGAAUACUGCCCAUGUGGGAUACACAUUGUUGCGUGUGAACGCCACCGAUCCUGACCAAGGCCUUAAUGCGCAGCUGCAGUACAAAAUCACUUCCGGUAACGAAUUGAACAAAUUUGUUAUUAACCAGCUUGGUGUCCUUCAGCUCAACAGUUCCCUUCUCUAUACUACUGUUCCUUUCUUCUCUCUUGCUGUGAAUGUUUCCGAUCAUGGUUCUCCCAUGCUGUUCAAUACGACUGUAAUAAGCGUGACAGUUGAAGAUGACCGCGGUCCGCCUCAUCUUAAUCAAACGUUCUAUAAUGUCUCCUUGUAUGAAGACAGGCCUCCUGGGAGUCAAGUCGUUUCUGGUUUUGCUACCGACCCAAAUGGAGAUAGAAUUUUUUAUAAUAUAUCUUCAACAUUCAUGAACAUUACUUCUGUCUUCAGGGUGAAUUUAUUCACAGGAAUCAUAACAACAGCAAGGGAGCUUGAUAGAGAGGUCAUGGACACUUACAAGUUUGAAAUUAUUGCUUAUAAAUACUCGCCGUUAACAGGGCAGCUAUAUACAGAUAAUGCUACAAUAUGUGUGCGCGUUAUGGAUGUUAAUGACGUACGUCCUCACUUUUCAAAAGAAGUUUACACGUUGGAGUUUGACGAGGAAAACCCUCCCGGGGCGGUGUUGAUGACAAUCAAUGCUAACGAUAGUGAUCAGGGAGUGAAUUCUCGUCUGUCGUAUAGCAUUAUUUCAGGAAACGAUAGUAUAAUCAGCAUAAACAGCUCUACUGGCGAGAUAAUCGUGUUGAUAUCUCUUGACUUCGAGAAAGUUCGGCAAUUGAAUUUAACCGUGCAAGCUAAGGAUCUUGGGACACCACCUCUUGAAGCCAACGUGUCCGUUGUUAUCAACAUUAGAGACAUUAAUGAUAAUCCUCCUAUUAUUAAAGGUAACUUUUCGGGAAGGCUGACGUUACUGGAAAGCGUGCAGCAGGGAACAUUUGUGAUCAAAAUCAAUGCCACAGAUGCAGAUAGUGGGCAAAAUUCGAAUCUUUCCUUCUCAAUCUUGGAUGGAAAUUUGAAUGGUGCGUUCAACAUAAACCCAACGAUUGGCUUCAUCACAACAGCUACAUGGCUGGAUUAUGAGAAGAUACAGAUUUACGCAUUAAAUGUGACCGUACACGACCAAGGGACCCCUCCACUGUCAAGCAGUAUUUUGGUUAAAAUCCAAGUGAUUGACGUGAAUGACAUGACACCUGUUAUUAAUCCGCUGUCUCCUUUGUAUGUCAGGGAGAGCGUACCAGUUGGUACGAUGAUUGCACAAGUAAACGCCACCGACGGUGACUCGGGGACAAAUGCGGUUCUCAACUACACUAUAGUUUCGGGUAACAAGGCCGCCAUCUUUGCUAUCAACGAGGAAAAUGGAGUUAUAACUACAGCACAUGCGCUGGAUCAUGAAAAUGUUUCUCUGUAUACUUUAAACAUCUCAGUCACUGACAGAGGAAUCCCACCUCAGUCGUCCGACACUCGAGUUAUGAUUCAUGUUGUCGAUGUAAACGAUCACCGUCCAAUAUUCACUCAAGAGAGUUACCAAACCAGUGCCUACGAGAACUUAACAGUUAAUUCAACUGUUCUGCGUGUACAUGCAAGAGAUUUAGACCUAAGUUCCGCAGGCGGAAUCAUUUACAGCAUUCAUAAAAGCAGCGAUAACGAAACGUUUGUGAUAGAUGACUCGACAGGAGAAAUCAAACUUAUAAAGUCGUUAGAUUUUGAGGAAACGAAGAAGUAUUAUCUUGUUGUUAAGGCAACCGACACAUUUCUUCCUAACAAUUCGCUCACCAUUAUUGGUACCGUGAGUUCAUCAGUCUCUUUCUUCAGCCUCGCAAACGUCACUCUAUCUGUGUUAGACGUGAAUGACAAUCCUCCUGUAUUUACGAAAAGUUUUUAUUUCGUUUUAAUCUCGGAGAACCUGCAGGCGGAUUCAGUUGUUGCUCAAGUUAACGCAACCGAUGAAGAUUCAGGAAAGAAUGCAGAGGUUAUUUAUGAAAUACUGUCAUCUGAUCAGGCCUCACAGCUAUUCGUUAUUGACUCCUUAACCGGCAAAGUGAAAACUAUAUCAUCUCUAAGAGAUGCAAAUUAUUUGACCUUAAACUUAUCGGUAUUUGCUUUGAACAUGGGCUCACCGUCCUUGAACAACACCGCUCUACUUCAAGUACAUGUUAACUACAAUGUUACGUUCAAGUACAACGAGACACAUCCUUUCACUUAUGCCAUUCGGGGUGCGUUUCAGGUCGAGCCUGUGGUCAUGUUGAGCAACGUUCUUGCUGAGACUAGCCUUGGCUUAUUUUCUGAGUUGUCAGGUGAAUUGGAGGUCCACAGAGGGAGCAUUCAUUACGUAAGUACGUUCAAAGUGUUGGGAGAACUCGCUUUAUACCUGCGAGCAAUUGUUGUCAGCGGUUCGCCUGACUAUCAGGUCAUACGUGUAGCCAUACAGGUAUCUGAUCGGAACUUUAAUGUUAGAACCGCACCAACUGAAGUACAUUUCAGGCUUAUUAACCUAGAUACUUACUCAGAGGAAAACACCAGCUGUAUACCGUCAGCCAAUACUGGAAUAUGUGUUGGAAGUUUGCACAUCCCUCCGGAAUGGCUCAACACCAGUGCAUCUUCUCACAAAGCUUUGAUGGAAUAUGGUCUGUCUCUUUCUAGUAUGACAAAGCUAAAGCAGUUUGAUCUCAGGAAAAGACAAGUGCCUCAAGUUGAGCAAAACUUUGUUAUUAUGGCACCGUUACAUUUAUUACAUGUGGGUGAUUCAUUUGUUCUUAAGGUGUACGCUCAGUAUACCAAACACGUGCAGUUCUUUACUUUGAUCUUCACGUUGUCGUCUGGUUUAAAGAUCACAGAAGUGCAGGCCUCCUCUUCGUGGAGAAUUCAUUCUACUUUUAAUGGUGCAAACGAAUUCGUGGUAUUUGGUGCUAGAAAGAAUAGUUACGGCCAUGAAACAACCUCUACCACCUUGUUCUUUACUAUCGAAGCAGAGAUCGCAGAAAAUGCCAUAUCAUCGAGUCCAGAAUACAUGGAAUGUGUUGUGAGGCACGUUAGUGAUCAGGGAGGUAAUCAGCUCAUUUCUGUGCCGGUGGGUGCUAUUUUCGAAGACGGAUUCGGAAGAAGUAAAAAAGGAGUUUUCGUUGUUGCUGAAGAUGACUUUGCAGCGCUUUUUGUCGUCUCUGAUUUGUCAGUUAUUGUAAACACUGCCGUUCUGAAUGGAAAGCGGGUUGAAGUUCCACUGACGGUUCUUGGGGUAACUGUGAAAGGACGAGUUUUGAAUGUGACAAGUGUUGCUUGUAGAAGUCUUGAUGUAGCUGUUUUAAAAGUUUCAAAAGACUGUUCCAGUGUUUAUGUAAACGGAAAUGAAACGCAAGGAUCAUCCUCAGCCAUUGUCGAGUUUUAUUACAAGAAUCUCUCCGCAAAAUCUAUUUUCGUUGUCUGGGCACCUACUAUUCCUGUUACGUUGGAUGUUAAACCAGCUAAGUUGAAGAGAAUACGUGACUGGUACGAUCCCAGUGACUCGUGCAAGUCACGCUAUCAACAUGCGCGCUUAACAGUUACGGCGAAUUUUUCAAACGGGAAGCAGUUCUUCGCUGGAGUUGAUGUCACACAGCACGUUAAAGACAACUUGCGAAGUUCAAACAACAGUGUAGCUGAGCUUGUUGGUUUAAAUGUUCAUGGAAAAAGUGUCGGCAAGGUUACCAUUAGAGUUUUUAACUAUCUACUGGGUCGUACGUUCGGGGACGUAGAUGUGGAAGUUCAUAAUGAAGACACCAGAAUAUAUGUUCUGGACGCAGUCAUUGCUACACGGGUUUUAGGUGUUUUUCCAAAGUUGUUAAACAGCUCCUUACGGCAUCCUUUAAGCUUAAGCAUGGAUCAAAGGUUUUUACUUCCACAGGAUAAAGGUUCAGUUAUAUUGUCAGUACAAUAUAGUGACGGGGUUGUGAACACGUUUCAAAGCCUAGAGGGCUUCAUCAUCAACUCUUCAAACAACAGUCUGGUCACGGUAGAAGGUAACCGUAUAACAGCGGUUGAUAAUAGUAGCGGUAAUGUACUUCAUGUCAUCGCAGACUCCGGUCAUUGCUCACAGAGACCAACCAUUAGUUUACGUGCAAACCUCGAUGUAAUCUUCCAGGAACCCAGAGCAGUUCUUGUCAUUUUGAGCUCCAACGAGAUAACUCCACGCGGGGAUCCUGCAGAGGUGCUUAAGGUUCCUUUAUAUGCAGAGGUAAGAGUGACUCUUGUUUACAACAUCAGUUGUCAUGACCACCGCGUGGAUGUUUCAAACGACAAUCGGACAAUUUACUCCAUAGAAAGUAAUGGUGACUUGGUAAGCUUGGCUAAAACAGAUCGCGCUGUCACUGUGGCUGCCUCUGGUGGUGGUUUUGGUCGAGUCCAUAUUUCCAUCAAGUUCGCACAUGUUCAGUCAAAUGUUCAAGUCACAAUUAAUGUCAUUGGUGCCCAAAAGCUCGAAGGUUUCGCGAGUCCGCACCCAUUUUUUAACUCUUCAACAGUUGUUAACGUUACUCAGUUGAAUCCGAUCGGAAACUCGGGAGAGUACCAACGAGUCAGAUUAAACUUGAAUCUUAGGCUAACAAACGGAACAUCAAGUGACAUCACAAUAAACAAGAGAACAGGAUUUAAGGUUGUAUCAGCCCAACCAGCUGAGCUUGCGAAGUACAGCUCCAUUGAAGCGCUAGUUGAUGGGUACCAUGUGGUCUCAGUCCGGUGGAGUGGUGAGAGAGGUCAGCUGUCAAUCAGUGGAAGUUUUUUGAACAUGUCAAGUCAUGUCUUGAUCCUUUGGGUUGAGUCAACUCCUACAGUGGUAACAUUUGUAGAAUUUGCUCCGUCACCAAACUUUACGCUCAGAGGUGUCCGAGAUCGUUCAAAUCUGCAACUAUCUGUAAAUCUUGGAUUCAGCGAUGACUCUAAAUUUAUAGGGCUCUUUCGCUCAGAAAACACGACUUUUUUUAAUUUAGUUACAUUUAGAACUCAGGACACAACAAAAAUAUCACUGAAUAAGACAAGCGGUUUUGUGACGCUGAGAGCCAAUGCUCCACAGGAAGUACAAGUCACAGUAUCUGCCUUACGAUCUCUGUCCAUAUCAGAUACUAUCUCCUUUGCCUGCAACUUGGACCCAGAUGUUGGCGAUGUAGACAUCGGUGACGUCACUGGCACUCCAUUAAAACGGGUGCAUGUCGGAGAAAGUUUUAUAGCAGCUGUGCGUAUUAACUCUGGAAAUCUGGUGCUAGGUAGUUUCGAUACAGAGAUCGUGUUUGACAACGAGUUCUUGGAAGUGACUAGUGUCAGUGAAGGUGCUGACAUGCUUGGUUAUUUUGUUUCUGAUAGGUCUAGUCUGACUAAUCAAACUGGAAAAAUAAGAAUUGCUGGUGCACUCAGUGUGGACAGCCAGACUCAUCACAUCCGCCAUGUCGCAGAUAUAACAUUUCGAAUUUUAUCAAGCGGUGUUGCUGGUGUGAAAGGAACGGUCCUGAUGAUUGCUGCCAAUGAUCUUGUUGGUAGCGUGAUCGGACCUCCCGUGCCUAGGACCAUCGUGGCAGGAAGUGUUGAGGUUGCAAUCGAAAGUUUACUUCGUCGACGGAAAUCUCUUGCAUCCCUCUCCUCAAGUAGCACUCGCAUCAGACGGUCAGUCGUCGCUUGUCCCACUCCCCCUUGUAGUAAUUGUCCAGAAGGGGAGAGAGAACCUGGAGAUACUGACGGUAAUUGUAUUUUUGACAUAAGAGAUGUGAAGUUCACGUUGGAUUACUUGACAGAGCAGCAGUUUAACUUCACCCGGGACAAGGGACAGCAGAUACAGAACUCUAUCGCAAAUCAUCAGUUGCAGGCUUUGGAUGCCAACGGGGACGGUGCAGUAACGUUAAAUGACGUAAAUCUUUUAUUGCGGGCGAAUCUUAAGGUAGUUCCGUUUUUUCCAACUCUUACAGUUGUUCCAGUUGAAGACCCAAACUCGCAUUGUCUACUCACAAUCUCUGCAGCUAUUUCGCAACUUGGUGCCGAACAAACAGAUGCGAAUCGAACAUUUGUUUUCUUCGAUAUUUCUCACACGGAACAAAAUUUUUCUGGAAUUUUACGCGACAGUGUGUUUGUAAGUGGGAGUGUAGUACUGGCAGAAAAGGGAAUUCCCGGAUACAUGAUUCGCGCAGAGUAUGACUCAGUGGGUAGAAGAUAUGUGGUGUCAUUGAAUACUUCCCUCGUUUACUCUAGUGUUGGUUUGUCCCUGGUUCAGGUUCGCUUUGCUGAUGACGGUUCAAUUGACUUCACUCGAACUGUUUUGGUCAAUGGUUUAUAUACACGUCCUCCACUUUAUCAAGGUGUUCUAAACCUAACUCUCGACCUAGGAAGUGGAAGACGUUACAGUAUUACUCGACCAAACGGUUAUAAUCCCUAUACUGUCUUCAGUAAUGCUUUAGCGACAUCAAAUUGCAGUGACGACCCUCUUCUCGAGAAAGACAUUAUGGCGGAAGCGCUAGGCGCAAGGAAAGUUAUGGCUUCUUGGAAACUGGCCAAUGCUAGGCAAAAUUUAAACUUUUCAUUUACUCUGUUUCUUCAGCAAUGUGACCCAGCGCGAAUAAACGAGCAUUGUGAGAUUCAUAGGUUCCGAGUGGCUGGAACUAAUCAUACUGUUACAGGCCUUACACCUUAUACCAACUACUCUGUUCAAGUGGCGACCACAGGGAAACCACAUAGGGAGACACACUGGACAGCUGUACUGACUUUGGAGUCAGUACCUGAAGGAGUUGAUGCUCCUGCCUUUGAGAUCUCCAGUUUAUCUUCAAUGAACGUCACAUGGACAAAGCCUCAGCAUCCCAACGGAAUUAUCGUUAACUACUCCCUAUACAUGAGCAAUUCGUCUCUUUUUUCUGUCCUUUAUCAAGGCCUCAGCCUGUCGUAUCACGUGACUGGACUCUCCUCUGGUCAAAAUUACCUUUUUUACAUCAUGGCUAAUACAUCCGUUGGUGGAACCAAGAGUGCUGUUGUGAGUGCGUCAAUUUCAGUUGAGAGUACUCCUAGUUCAGGCGCAGGACAAACUGGUCUGUCAGUUGGAGUUAUAGUUGGAAUCACCAUUGCAAGCGCUGCUUUCCUUACCCUGUUGAUUGUUCUUUUGGUUUGGGUCUUCAGGAAAUGUGUUGAGCGAAAACAGCACCACAUGCUGGAUUAUCAGUCACUUCACAAGUAUAACUCCUUAGAUAUCAACAACAGAGAUAAUGUUAUGAUGCAGUUAAGGUCAAGCUCAAGUCACCGUCACAACAGUCUAUCGAGAGGACGACUAUAUGAACAUCACGUCAGUAUUGAUGGACUGAAAAAUCCCUGGAAGGACCAGAAGACAGAAGAGGAAUCCAGGCUGGACUCGUUUGCUAUGGUGAACCACAAGCACUUUGAACCAAGCUCCGCACCCACUCACCACGGCUGGGACCCAGGUUACGAGGAGACAGUUCUCAAAGAAGCAGCACAAGAAAUGAAUGAGCUUGAUGUAAUAAUGAGAGAGAGCUUGGACAAUGAGGGACGUAUUGUUGUUGGUCUACGAGAAGAUAACCUCGUUCGUAUGGCGGGGCAGUCUCACAGUCAUUCUUCUUUGAGUCCAGAAAACACGGCCAAGAAGACAUCCAAGAAGAUGAAGGAACAAAAAAAAGAAUCCAUUGAGUGGGACUAUUAUUACGCCAAGAGUGCAUUAGCCAGCGGUGAUAACGGUUUGGAAGAUACCAAGUCACGUCUACGUAUACAAAAGGCGCGAUUGAUGGCAGAGGAAAUGCUCCAGCGGUUAGUAACUUGUGACGUCAAUAGAGAGUUUCGCGAACUGUCGGCUGAAAAAGCAGAAGGAACUUAUCAACGAGCGAAUGAUCCCGUUAAUCUGCCCAAGAACCGCUAUAAGAACAUCCUUCCGUUCGAUCACUCCAAUGUGACCCUACAGCAGGUGAAAGAGGGCGAAGGAGGGUCGGAUUAUAUCAACGCGAAUUUCCUAGACGGAAAUAAGCUGAAGAAUUCUUACAUCGCAACUCAGGGCCCACUGGAUAAUACCGUUGCUGACUUUUGGCAGAUGAUUUGGGAGCAGAACGUUCACGUGAUCGUUAUGUUAACAAGGCUGCAAGAGGGCAAGAAAGUCAAAUGUGUCAAAUAUUGGCCUGACACUGACGAGGAAGUUACCUUUAAAGACUUUGUGAUAACUUGCAUUUACAAAAGAAAACUCGACAGUCGUGUGGUUCGUCGUUUCCUUCUUGAAAAUUCUGGUAGCGGUGAGUGUCGAGAACUCUUGUACUUUCAAUUCACUGCUUGGCCUGACUUUGGUAUCCCGUCAUCCCCAGCGGAUUUUCUUGAAUUGUAUUAUGAAGUGAUGAAAGAGUACAGAUCGCUUUCGGUGCCGGGGACCCCCAUGUUGAUACAUUGCAGUGCGGGGGUAGGAAGAUCUGGGGCUUUUUGCGCCAUUAACAACUGUUUGCAGUCGUUCAGAUCCACUGGCAGGAUAGAUGUGGCUGAAACUAUCCGGUCCUUGAGAAAACAGCGCGCUGGAAUGGUGCAAACUUUGGAGCAAUACGCCUUUUGUUACAAAAGUAUUAUUCUUGCCCUCCUGUACCAAAUGAAAUUAAAGAAAUUGAGAGGGAUUUCUCUUUUGAGCCAUUCUGCAGCAUCGUCAAGUGGUGUUUGGACCUCGGCUGAAAGAUCACCAAGCCCCCAGGGAACAACUGAUGAAUGCAUCAAUUCAGGAAAACCCACAAUCCCCGGGUCCAAAAGAACAAAGGUGUCCUCACAAAAUGCACUGCCUUAUUCACAUAGUCAGCAGUUGUUUCCCCCAUUGGAACGUUUAGAAUGCAAUGGAGACAGUCUUCCAGUAGUGAUUGUUCAUUCCACUCCAAAGAGACUUCGCGAAAAGCAAAACUCCCUCACUUCGAAUCGGAGCAAGAGCGACGAACUUUAUUCAAGGGAGAUUUGCAUCGAUGAAAAACAGAAUUUAGAGAUACCCUUAGGAGAUGUGGGUCGACGGAAGACGACUGGAAACAUUCGAAAGCGUCCUAAUCUUGGGGAGCCGCCACCACCACCCCCACCUCCUCCAUCACGUGCCUUACCGCCCCCAGUACCACAAGAAAAUGGCCUCCGUGAUGACGACUCAGCCCCUGAACUUCCUGAAGUUGAUUACUCAGACUAUGAGUUUUCCGAGGACGAUGAUGAGCCUUUCCCACCUCCCCCUGAGGCAUUCUGUGUAGCUGCUGAAGGAGAACAGCUGAACCAAUUUGAUUCCACGGCCUAAAAAACAACUUGGAUAUCAUGAAUGGUGUGAACGACGUUCUUAAAACCUUAGGAGGACGCAGAUAUUACCUUUAAGACCCUGUCAUUACGUCGAAACUUGAUGUCACUGAGUAGAUUAGGUCUGCUAAAAAUGAUAGAAAUGAGUACUGAGGCAGAGGAAGAAGUGACGCUGAUACAAUAACGAUAGUUUACUUUUUUAUGUCAGCAAAAGUAAAAUUUAAAAACUGGAAAGUAAUGAAACAAAUGUGGGUAUAGGUUUGUAGUAGGUAUUUUUAUAUAAAGGUUUAUUUUAUGUGUAGAAUUAAUCCACUCAUAUUUUAGGACAACGAAAACCCAACUUUACAGCUAUUUAUAUUUAGUCUAGUUACUUCUUGUGGAUAGGAAUUGUAUAUUUUAGAUAAUAUUUUU